AUGCCGACCGCGGGGCUCAAGACCAUCAUCGCGCUGUCCUUCGUGCUCGCCAUCGGCUUCCUGCUCGUCAUCCUGUCCUGCGCGCUAUACAAGGUGUACUACCCACUACUAGUCGUUGCCACCUACGUGCUGGCUCCCAUACCCAACUGGAUUGCCGCGCGCUGCGCCAACCCGGAAGACUUCGUCGAGAGCUCCGGAAAUGGCGUCCAGGACCUCGGGCGCUUCUUCACCGGGUUCUUAGUUAUUAUGGGGAUAGCUCUCCCCGCCGUCCUCGCGCACUCCGCUCUAAUCGGUAUCCCGGCGAUGAUAAUGUCUAUUAUCGGUGGACUAUUGAUCUAUGGGACUAUUAUCUCAUUCGGCAUGUUCUUCCAAGAGGAGCAGGAGUUUUAA